CGAAAGGAUUCGAUUUCUGCUCCAAUCGAUCAAGAUGCUGAAUCGGUUCGCGCUUGCUUGGGCCCCGCGGGUGCUUCGGCCCCGCGCCCGCCUCCUCCGCCCGUUCUCCAAGGGCCCUGCCCAUCAUGGCGAUGGCGACGAAGAGGAGGAUGAGGAUGACGAUGAGGACUAUGACGACGACGAUGGCAUCGACUUUGACGACCUCGACCUCGACGAGAUGGACUUUGACGACGACGACGAUGCGAUGCUGCAGGAGCCUGGCAGCAUCGGCAACAAGAACGUCAAAGAGCAGGUCAAGGCCAAGGUGAGCAUUCGCCGGAGCAAGCACUCGAAGCGCAAGUUCAUUGACCGCAUCCGCCUGCGCGUCAAGGGUGGCCACGGCGGCAACGGCUGCACGAGCUUCGUGAGCGAAGGCGCGGGCAUGAAGCGCCCGAACGGCGGCCACGGCGGCGGUGGUGGCGACGUCAUCUUGCGCGUCGACGCCCGUCUUCAGAACCUGUACAAGCCCACGCACCACUUUAACGGCGGCGAUGGCUGGAACGGCAUGGCCAACGACCGCGCGGGGCGUCGUGGUAAGGACAUCAUCGUUCCCGUGCCACCGGGUACCAUCGUCAAGACGGUCGAGCGGAUCGAGCGCUGGAACGACGACUUGGACGACUAUGAGAUUGUCGACCGCAAGGAAACACUCGUGGACCUCGACACGCCGGGCACGAACUACACGGUGGCCGUCGGCGGCAAGCCCGGUCUCGGCAGUCGCAUUCUCACGGGCAAGACGACCCAAUAUGGCGGUCUUCGCAAGACCAUGCCGGAAGGCAAGGUGCUCGGGAAGCCCGGCACGUCGCAGUACCUCGAGCUCGAGCUCAAGACGAUCGCCGACAUUGGCCUCGUCGGGUACCCGAACGCGGGCAAGUCGACGCUGCUUCGGUCGCUCUCGCGCGCGACGCCCGAGGUCGCGCCGUACCCGUUCACGACGCUGCACCCGUUUGUGGGCAUCGUCGAGUUUCCCGAUACGUUCCGCUUUAGCGUCGCGGAUCUCCCGGGCCUCAUCGAAGGCGCCCACAAGAACGUGGGGCUGGGCCAUGACUUUUUGCGUCACAUUGAGCGCACCAAGAUCUUGCUCUAUGUGCUCGACACGGCGGGCACGGAAGGCCGCGACCCGCUCUCGGACUUGCACCAUUUGCAAAACGAGCUCGAGCUAUAUGCACCCAACAUUACGUCGCGGCCGUCGCUGAUCGUAGCCAACAAGAUGGACGCGCCGGGGGCCGGCGAGCAGCUCGAGCGACUCCGCAAGGCGACUGACCUUGGCGUCGUGCCGCUCAGCGCCCUUCACAAGGUCGACAUCAAGACGCUCGCGUCGUCGCUGCGAUGGAUGAUCGAAAACUACAAGCAACUCGACUAGAAUGUACUACACCUCUUCAUGGCA